UAGAAUCGUGCAGCUCACGUGCUCUCCCCAGCGAUGAAUCCCCGGGCCCAUCUCUAUCUCCUUGUCCAUCCUCUAUUCCUCUUUCCAUUUUUUCUAGAAAGAUUCUUAUUCUUUUUCCGCUACGAAAAAGUCGAUUGUAAAAAUACAUUAUUACAUGCCCAACAACAAGACAAAUUCCCCCCUCUUAUUCUCCCCUUCUCCGAAACCCUCCGUCGAUCGAUAGACAGAUCGAUCGAUCGAUCGGGGAAUCGCGCUGCGGAGACCUGCGUUGGCGGCGGCGGGGCGGCGGCGACGGCGGCGGAGGGCGCCGGCGCCGGCGUGGAGUUCUGGAACAAUCCGGAGCGCGCGGGGUGGCUGACGAAGCAGGGGGAGUACAUCAAGACGUGGCGGCGCCGGUGGUUCGUGCUGAAGCAGGGGAAGCUGUUCUGGUUCAAGGACCCCUUCGUGACCCGCGCGUCGGUGCCGCGCGGCGUGAUCCCCGUGGCCUCGUGCCUCACAGUGAAGGGCGCCGAGGACGUCCUCAACCGCCCCUUCGCCUUCGAGCUCUCCACCCCGCGCGAGACCAUGUACUUCAUCGCCGACUCCGAGAAGGAGAAGGAGGAGUGGAUCAACUCCAUCGGCCGAUCCAUCGUGCAGCACUCCCGAUCCGUCACCGACGCCGAGGUUGUCGACUACGACAGCCGACGCCAAACCCCCACCCCCGACGAGGCCGAUCGAACCCUAGAGGCAUCCUCCUCCUGAUUAGGUGCGCUUCUCCUUUCACGAUUCGAUCUCGUCCCCCCGAAUUAUCAUCAAUUAUGAAUCUAGGGUUCGUCCUAUGAUCUACUCGUGCCUCCCUUUGUUUGUCUAAAUUGUGUACGGAUACUGCUUUCGUUGUGAUCGAGCUAUGUAUAUGUGGAUGAUCUCUUCCUUCCGAGUGACGACGAUUGUGCUAGUCUCUUUUUUUAAUUUGGGAUCUGGUGUACAGAGUCUGUUUCUGAUGAUUACAUCUCUCUAUUUUCACAGAGUAUUGAUGUCUAGCGCAACUAUCUAUUUCUGUCGAGGAUUUGGUUAAUUUUAUGUGUAAUUAUCUGCUCUUCUUACUGACGAAA